UCCCGGCUGUGGCUGUUUGUCUGACAGGGAAAAGCCACUUCGGCGACCAAUAAGCGUCUGUCCAGCCCACUCAGCCAACCCCUGCCUGUAUCUCACCGGAGAGAGAAGCUGUCGUGAGGCAACAGUAGCAGUAGCCAUGUAUCUACAUCCUUUAACGCUGUAAAAAAUCUCCUUAUAUCCUGUACAGAAGCUCGGCGAGGGUAUUAUACCCCACAUGCUGACAGAUUAAAGACAGAAAGACUGCACUGCUCGCUGUACUGCUGCGACCGUAAUGGCCACCAGUGCCAAAAGGCCAUCGCUCGGAGCUGUAGCUCCACGUAAGAAAGCCAGUCCUAAACCCGAACUCACAGAAGAAAUAAGGCAGGAGAUACGAGAAGCCUUCGAGCUGUUCGACACAGACGGCUCAGGCUUCAUUGAGGUGAAGGAGCUCAAGGUUGCGAUGAGGGCUCUCGGGUUUGAGCCCAAAAAAGAGGAGAUCAAAAAAAUGAUUGCAGAUGUAGAUAAGGACGGCACCGGCAAGAUCUUGUUCGAAGACUUCCUGGCAAUCAUGAGCCAAAAGAUGGCUGAAAAGGACUCCAAAGAAGAAAUCCUAAAGGCCUUUCGACUCUUUGAUGACGAUGAAACCGGUAAGAUAUCAUUCCGCAACCUAAAGAGAGUUGCCAAAGAGCUCGGCGAGAACCUUACUGAUGAGGAGCUCCAGGAGAUGAUUGAAGAAGCAGACCGAGAUGGCGACGGAGAAGUGAGCCAGCAGGAGUUUCUUCGCAUCAUGAAAAAAACCAGUUUGUACUGAAUAAGCGGAAGAUUAGACUACCGUACGCGUAGUAAUUUGGUCUCGUCACAAAUCUAGCGCAUCAUCUGCAAAGACACUAAAACGCACAGUUUCAUACAAAGGUGAUAAAUGAAAACUCCAUUAAAGAUAGUUGUAUGAAUAUCUUAACACUACAAGGCAUCCGGGAAGCCGAUCCAAGACAUCUGGGGGUAACUUCAGCGUGUUAUUUCUUAACGUAAAUGGCGAGAUUGAAUCCUUUAAGAAGUUUUAGGGGGAAAUUUAGCAAUUCUGUAAAGUGCCAAAUUUAGUUGGGAAAUUUCCCAAAUCCAAUCAAAAGUUUGAAAUGGUUGAUUUUUUGAACAGCGUUGACGUCUGCAGUGCCUACAAUGACCUUUACUUCUUAAACUUUGACCUUUGUGUCAACCCAGUCCACGGGUUUAUUUUAACUUGACUAUUUAGCCUGAGUGUGCUGCUUACUACUGUACUCCUGAGGCCAGUCUUUCAGGGAGCACUGUUAUGUGUAACGUGUGUCUGAAUAUUAAAACGUGGAAUCUUUACAUCCUCUUCCCUUUGUCCACGGUUCUGUACGGCGAUCUUACGACUGUAGUUUUUCACUUUAUAUAUAUUACAUUGUUUCCUCGUUAUGCCUUCGAUUGUUAACCGCUAUUUGAUGUUUUGUAUAAAUAUUUAAAGCAUAAAUUAAAUAUAUUAAGCCAUGGUUCUUGAAUAUUAUCGCUCGUGUUUCAGCAGUAAAACUAAGGAUAGUUUUGAGGAUUGUUAUUGUAUUUUAGAAAAUGCUGGAUGAGUUUGCCUUGUAUGGAGUACUAGAUUUGCCAAAAGCAAAUGAAAAAAAAAGUAUUUAUAUAUGUAAAAAAAAUAAAUAAAUAAUGUUUUGGUUGUA